AUGUCAGACAAUCAGCAACCGCAAGACGAAUUAUCAUUGCCCAAGGCAACAGUGCAGAAAAUCAUCUCGGAAGUUCUCCCGUCUGAGUUCAGUUUCACCAAGGACGCUAGAGAAGCUCUUAUUGAGUGCUGUAUUGAAUUUUUAAUGAUUUUAUCCACAGAGUCUAAUGAUAUCGCCGACAAGGAGCUCAAGAAGACAAUUUCUACCGACCAUGUGCUCAAGGCGGUGACUGAGCUUGGUUUUGUUGACUACCUGCCUGUUUUGGAGAAAUGUUUGAGCGAGUUCAAAGAAACUAACAAAGUUAAGGAACGCAAGAAUAGCAAGUUCCAGAACAGCGGGCUGUCUGAGGAAGAACUUUUAAGACAGCAGGAAGAGCUCUUCAGAGCAAGCAGGAACCGUCUUCAGCAACAGAAUGUCAAGGAAGAGAGCGAGUCAGUGAUGAACUGCUGUUUUUCCGGAGGAAGGAACCGUCUGAGUUUUUCUUGUUCUCUGGAAAAGAACGACUUGAACUCGUCUACCACGUUGAUGGCGUCUAUUGGCGUGUCCUUGGUCAACUGGUCAAGUUCCUCGAUGUCGUCUUCCUCGCUACGGUGCAAAAUCACGUCGUUGAAGCCCGAAAGAGCGCCCACCUCCCCGCUAAGCAAAGAUAUCAGUGCAAGAAUCUGUAGCUUGAGAUCGUACACGGUCGUGAGAAGCGUGUCACUGUUGUUGAACCAGAGCUCGAUGAAUUUCAUGAACGCGUCUCCGAAGGCCUGUGCAGUUGCAACCGGACGCACAAAGCAGGCCGAGAUGAACACCUUCAUCAGCGGCUUGAGAGUGCUCUCAAACACCUCACGGUCUUCUGGGUUGGAUUGCAACUUGAUCGACGUUUGCAAAACUGGUUGCAGUAUCUGCGGCAAAACAGGCUCGAUAUUUGGCCCCACAGACAGAAGGACCACUUGUAGUAGCUCGUACACAAACUCCACCACUCCUUCGUCUCCGUCAAAGUCGUCUGUGUCCAAAAGUCUAAGCACAGAAGUCAAAAACUGUUGCAGGUGCAAGUUGCUAUUGAUAUCUGCGUUUUUGAAUCCGUAA